UUGCGAGCUCAAAAGGUUUGCCAGGGGACUGUCGACUGCAAGAUAAGUAUGUCCUACGCUAUGGAGAAAGUUUGCGUUAUUACUUUUUUCAUUGUGUGCUCUUUAACCUUUCUGAUCGAAGGCGCCGAUGAGGACACCGACCGGAACAAGGACAUCGAACAGUACGUGGAGGAAUGUAUUUGUGAAUCAGGCGCUGAUCCCAGCGAUGCCUAUGCGUGGUUGAGGAACAGAACUUAUUCCAAAUCUCCGUGUUUUAGGUGCUUCCUUUUUUGUGUGGGAAUAAAAAUAGGUGUGUGGAGAACCGACGGUACGGUCGACCUUGAUGGUGCAUCGGAGCAUUUUGGGUCUUCGAUUAGUAGAGAGCAAGUCGCCGCUUGUGAGGCAUUGCAAGAAAAUAACCUCGAUUUUUGCGAUAAGAAUUACCAAGUCUCGACGUGUUUCGACAAAGUGAUUGAGGAGAAUGCUUUAAACCCAAAAAAACCGAUAGCGGAGUAGUUUUACGACAAGUGA